AUGCUAUCCAUUGAAAGUAUAGACCGCGCUAAAGAAAUGUUGGCCACACUAAACAUUUCCUGUAUUAGCACCACAACAGGUUGCCCAGUUCCAGUCUGCAAAGGUCAAGGUUUUAGAAGAUCUCUGCUUGAACACAAAAUGGUUAAAAAACUGAAAAAGGACCUUGAACCUCCACCCAAAGAUGUGUUUGAACCAUUAGCAAUUGAAAGCAAGAAAGCAGGAACUGCUGUGUUAAUGCUACAGUCUCCAGAAGAAGAUAUUCUAGCAAAAGCCUGUGAAGCCCUGUACAAAUUUGCUCAAAAAGGCGAUGAAAAUAAACUUACACUUCUUGGACUGGGUGCCGUGGAAUCUUUAUCCAAGUUAAUUUCCCAUGAAGACAAAACUGUACGCCGAAAUGCCACAAUGGUGUGUGGAAUAAUGGCUGGUCAUAAUGAUGUCAGGAAAUUGCUGAGGAAGUUGGAUAUUAUACCCUCACUAAUUGCUCGACUUGCACCAGAAGAAGAAGUAGUAAUUCAUGAGUUUGCCACUCUUUGCCUUUCACACAUGGCCCUGGAUUAUACGAGUAAAGCACGGCUAUUCGAGCUACAUGCAAUAGAACCACUUGUUCACCUGUUGAGCAGUGCAGAUCCAGAUGUUAAGAAACAUUCUGUAGAAUGUAUUUAUCUUCUCUUACAGGAUGUUCAGACUCGAGCUGCAGUCCGGGAAUUACACGCUAUUCCUCCUUUACUAGAGCUUUUAAAGUCUGAGUAUCCAAUUAUUCAGCAGUUAUCGCUUAAAGUUCUUAGCAUUGUGAGCUGCGAAUCAGAAACUAGGCAAACUCUGAAUGAAAAUCAAGCCUUGGACCAGCUUUUAAAAAUUUUAGAAACAAAGGAGUUUAACGACUUACAUGUGGAAGCACUUCUGGUAAUCAGCAAUUGUCUUGAGGAUGGGGAGACAGUGCAACUGCUUCAGCAAUCUGGAGGGCUGAAAAAAAUACUGACCUUUGCUGAGACAUCUCUUGUCCCUGACAUACAAAAGAAUGCCGCUAAAGCAAUUGCUAAGUCAGCUAACAAUGCUGAAAAUCGAAAGUUUUUCCAUGAACAAGAAGUGGAAAAAACUCUGGUGCACAUGUUGGGAAUAGAUAAUGAUAGUGUUAGGAGUGCCGCUUGUCUUGCUAUUUCUGCAAUGAGUGCAAAUUUGGCCAGCAAAGAAUUAUUUAAUAAAAUGGGAAUUCCACAGUUAAUAUCUGUGUUAAAAAGAGAUAAUGAGGAAUUAAGAGAAUCAGCUGUCUCUGCACUGGCUAAUUUAACAACUGGCAGCCCUAACAAUGCAAGUGCUGUGGCAGAAGCUGAAGGUGUUGGUGCAUUAAUUAAUCUUCUGUCUGAUAAAAGUGAUGCCUCCAUUUCAAACGCAUGCACAGUUCUUAUAAAUAUGGCGGCUCAGGAACCCUUGCGACUCCUUAUACAGACUCAUGGGGUUAUGGAAGCUUUAGCUGAGCCACUGCAAUCGUCUAAUAAACUGGUGCUCAGCAAAGCUGCCCUUACUGUUGCUGCAGUAGCUUGUGAUGUGGAUGCAAGAACUGAGUUAAGGAAUGCAGGGGGUCUGCCGCCUCUUGUUAAACUUCUCCUAUCUGAUUAUGAUGAAGUUAGACGAAAUGCAUGCUGGGCCAUUGCAGUCUGUGCAAGUGAUGAAUUAACAGCAGUUGAAUUCUGCAGAUUAGGGGCUUUAGAAAUUCUUCAGGAAUUAAACCUUUCAACAAGUCGCCGAAACAAUUUUAGUGAACUAGCUUAUGAUAAGCUACUUGAUAACAACUUGUCACUUAAAUACAGCCAGAAAGGAUACUUAUCUUACAGCAACCUAAUUGAAGAUGGAUUUUAUGACUGUGGUCGGAUAAAACCCGAAGCAAAGUUAUUAUCACUGGGAGAGCUCAGCAAACAGGAGAUCAACCACAAUCGAGCUGUUAUCUUAGUUAAUGCAAAAGCUCCAGAAAUCACUACUGCUCUGCGGUAUCCAGUUGAUGAAAACCAGGAAAUUAAUCUUGCAAGAUCUUCAUCUUCACAUUCUCAAAGUGCUCCCAAAGAAAAAACAGGUAUAUUAGAUUGUUCUGUAACAGAAGAGAAACAGGAACCUCUUUCUGCCCGAUCUCCAUCUGUCAGCAGAAACAGUUACAAGGACAAACCUCCAAGCAGAGGGAAAUCUAAGUCAAAAAAAGAUGAAGAGAAACCAAAGGGAGAAGAGGAGAUUCAACAACCUAAUAUAGAAGCAGAAAUUACAAUAGAAAAGCAGCAAUGGCUCCUACCAUUUGACCAGGAUUUAAACAGUUAUAUUUCUGAGGCUUCCAAAACAAUAUUACCUUUGUUACAGAUUAAAGAGCAAGUCGUGUCUCUUGCACAGUUUGUUGGAGAGAAGAUGGGUGGUCCAGUUAAACAACUCCAUGAAUUUGACUGGGAGCUGCACAUAAGUGAACUGAAAUUCAAACUGCAGAGAAAUGUAAUACCAAUAGGCAAAAUCAAGAAAGGGACCUUCUAUCACAGAGCGUUACUCUUUAAGGUUAUUGCAGAUAGGUUUGGCAUUGGGUGUUGCCUAAUCCGAGGAGAUUAUAACCGGGCUUGGAACAUAGUGAAACUAGUAGAUGAAUUAGCACAUGAAGGUACUAGGGUCACUCGCUGUCCUGAAACUUAUGUUGUCGACUUAAUGUAUGAACCAGGUCGCCUGCUGAAGCCUGGAAGUAUAGAUGCAGAUUACUAUCAACAUAUCUAAUACUAACAAUUGUAGAUUUGUCGGAUACAAUGCUGUUUAUAUUUCUUAUUACUUAGCUAUUUAUAUAUGAAAAUAAUAAAUCUAAAUGCUGUAGUGUUUUUAUUGUUGGCCAAAGUGUAAUUAAUUUGUUGCCUAACCGUUAUUAGACAAGCCAGUAAAAUAAACAAAGUGAAUACUAUGCACUCUCUUCAAUUAAAUAUGUUAUACUGAUGAAAACAGUAAAUACAAUUUAAAUUCCAUAAACUAUAUAAUUUAUCUAAUAAACUCAUUUUAAUAUUUUA